UCUGCCAGACACGCACGUUACAGUACUCCCUCAUUUUCUCACCCGUCUCUGUUUAUAUUUCCCUCCAACCAAGUGAUUUACUCCAGGUGAAUUUUCAGCUGACAGCAGGACAAACAGGACGACAUUAUCACCUCCACUUUUAUCCACUGGACUCUCUUAAAGGUUUGAAGAGAUGUCAUCUGUUUGGCAUCAGGAGCCGUCAUGUUAUUCGCCCUGUGUAGAAAUCGACUCCAGCUCCGUGAGGACCAAAGAGCGCCUCAGCUCUCCUGCCUGGCUAAAGCAGGAGCAAGACGACCUUCGUAUCAUUAAGUGGGAGAAUUUUCAAACGGGAGCAUCAGCAGAUUCUGUUCAGGACAACACACCCAGCAGUGCCAUGUCUGCUGCUUCCCAAGUAGAGGGUCUUCCCCCGAGGGUGCUGCUGACCAUCACCAAGCUGCAGUGCAUGCUGGAGAGCAAACAAGAACGCAUCGCUGCUCUCGAGAGGCAGGUGGAGGAUUUGAUGCAAGACCGCAAGUUCCUGAGAAGCCAGAUUGAAAACCUCACAAGUAACCGCUCCAUGCCAGCGUUUGCUGCCCCCAGUCCUGUGACUGAAACUCCCAAGCUGAGCAGAGUGCAGCAUUCAGAAAAUAAAUCUCGAAAGAGAGAAAGAGCUUCUUCUAGUUCCUCCACCAGCAGCGACAGCGGCUCUGAGGCAUCCGACUCAUCGGAAGUGUCUGCAGCAUCUAGUGAACACAGACGCAAGAAACACCAUAAGGAUAAGAAAAGAUCAAAGAAAGGGAGGGACUACAGCAGGAAAAGGGCCACCGGAGUCCAGUACGUCAUUCACCGCUACAAACAAGUCCUGUCCGCUUUCAUCAAGAAGAAAAGCAUGAGCGAAGCGUUCCGCCAUCUCGGAAUCGACCGGAACACCAUCGCCAACACGGCAUCAAUUGCCGAGCUCCACCUGGCGGGUAAAGACAUGGUCUCCUUGGUUGGCAAUUUUCGCCAAGGGGAAGAGACUCUGGUGAGCUACGCCCAAAGGUGCACUUUGGUCAUUGACAGCGACGCCGACCUGUCCAGGAAAAUAGACCAGAUGAAAGCCAACGGCGAGCUUCUGCCCAUCUCAGGGAAAAGGUCAAGGUUGUUGCAUUCUCACCUGCCGCAGCUGGGUGGUCCUGCAGAGAGCAUUUUAAUAGGUUAAUGGUUGGUGUGAUAAUAUAUUGAGAUGGUGCAUAACGCCUUCACAAAAUUCUGUUCUUUGUUUGUUUGUUUCAAAAUGAACUGCUGGAUUUGAAUGACUUGCACAGCAUUGUUUUGUUCCCUAUUUCUUUAUGCUUGAUGCCUCAAUGGCUCAGGAAUGUUUUUAAUAUUCUCAUUUAUAAUGAAAAAUGUCGGCACCUGCUUUUUAUUGAUGCAAAUAUUUUUUCCUUAUGCAUGUAGUAUUGGAAACGGCCACAAGAUGGCAGUGCUCACAUGCUAAAUUAUGUUUACAGCUUAUGUCGCUUGUCAUUUACUUCAAAAUGGUGGCUGGUCAAUUUCCAUUUUCAAGCCUUUUAAAGAUGUAAAAAAUAUGUUUCAUUAUGUAGAGUUUCAUAUACUGCAAGUGAUAUAAAAGCUGCCUUUAAAGAAGGAAUUAAAACACUUCAGAUUUCACUUAA